AUGUUCAUCUGUCAACCGCAUUAUGUUUAUCUAUCUAUCUAUCUAUCUAUCUAUCUAUCUAUCUAUCUAUCUAUUUCACUAUAUAUUGAUUUUUUUUAUUGCUUGUUAUAUUAUCUAUCUAUCUAUCUAUCUAUCUAUCUAUUUAUCUAUCUAUCUAUCUAUCUAUCUAUCUAUCUAUCUAUCUCAUUACUUUUAUCUAUCUCAUUCUCUCCAUAUCUAUUUUUUCUUUCUUUCUUUCUUUCUUUCUUUCUUUCUUUCUUUCUUUCUUUCUUUCUUCACCUUAGAUUUUUUUUAUUUAAUAUUUCUUUUUUCUCCUUUUCUUUAUUCCUUCUUUCUUUCUUUCAUUUUUCUUUCUUUCUCUCUUUCUUUCUUUUUCCUUUCUUUCGUUCUUUCUUUCUUUCUUUCUUUCUUUCUUCAGAGUUGAAAUAUACUUUCAUUCAUUACAGCAAAGUUUGUAUUUUACAAUUUAGCACCGAAUUCUUUCUUUCGAAUUAUUCAACAUUCAUCAUUUCUCAGUUUCUUUCUUUCUUUCUUUCUUUCUUUCUUUCUUUCUUUCUUUCUUUCUUUCUUUCUUUCCAUUGCUGCUGUCUUUCUUUCAUUCAUUUCUCUCAUUUUUUGUACUUUAUUUAUUUUUUCAUUUUCAUUUAUUUUUUUCUAUCUCGCCCUAAAUUUUAUUUUCUUUUGCAUUUCAUUUUCAAUAAUCUUUUUUUUUUUUAUCUUUUUGAAAAAUAUUAUUUUUUUAUUCUUUUCUUCUCGGUCCAUUUCAUUUCCUUCACUAAAAUCAGAAUUGAGAUAUUCUUUGCACGACAUUUCAUUCACUUCUGCAAAGGUUGUAUUUGA